AUAAUUAUCGACGACAAGUCUCAUCAGCCCAUAGGCCAACACUAGCUUACAACUGUUCAGUAACAAUUACCGUCUCCAACACAUACAAGAUAAAGUUAUAACUAUAUUCCACCCCUGUAAUUCAUUGAUUUCAAUCAAUUUGAAAACGACAAGAAAUUAUGAAGCCAACGCUUUCUUGCAAAGUAUGUAACAAAGUUUUCCAUACUCGCUUCAACCAACACCAAUGCGAUAAGUGCGGUAAAGUAUUUGCAAGACAUUACAAUUUUGUUCGACACCUCAACAACAAGCAUGGAAGUGAGAAUAAUGUGCAAAGUGGAUAUGGUGCAGGUCAAAUUGACGAACCUACUACUAAGCGACAGAAGUUAUCUAACAAUGGUCUUGACUUUUAUCAAGUCACUAAUAUGACUGAAGUUAGUAUGAAGAAAUUCAAGACGAAAGGAAUUCAAUACAGCGUUAAAUUUAACGAUGAUUUAGAUAUUCGUGAUUCAACUACUAUCCUAAGUACGCUACAUAAAGUUUUUCAGAGUCUCAUCGACACCUUGACGGAAGGGGCACAUCCUGACGAUCUAAUUCGUAUGGUGGUAGAGUGUCCAGAAUUGGAUUAUCCUAUACAACUUCCAUUGGUGAAAAAACGACACUUGACGGCUGACCUAUUCCUUGCUAGAGUAGAACGAGUACUACAGUCGUACGAAGAAUUCAGCAUCGAUGGGUCAUUAGAAAUACAUAUUACGCAUGUGGAAAUGUCCAGAGGAGGAAAGAUUCCAAAAAAGAGAUACGUCGACCUGGAGCGAUUCUUAAAAGAAAAACAACGUAUUCUUCGAAUCCGAAAUAAAGAUGAACUGUGUUGUGCUAGAGCUAUUGUUACAGCAAAAGCUAAAAUUGAACAACCGAAGAAUUGGGAGGCCAUUCGUAAAGGAUACAAGAUACAGCAAAAACUGGCCGUUGAUUUGCAUCACGUAGCGAGAGUACCUCUUGCUAAAUUUGGAAUCAAUGAGAUCAAACAAUUUCAACAUGUGCUGCCACCAUUUCAAAUAAUUGUUGCUUCUUUAGAUUACGGCAAUGCAAUUAUAUACCGAGGGCCGCCUGCAAAACAGCAAAUCUACUUGUAUCAUCACAAUAACCAUUACGACGUUAUCACUAGUAUGCCCGCUUUCCUCAAUAGAAGCUACUUUUGUAUCGAAUGCAUGAAAGGAUACAACAAUAAGUUAGAACAUCGGGCAUCCUAUAAUAAUAACAGAAAAUUUUAAAGAUAUUACCGAGUAUGAAAGGGUAAUAAAAUGUAAAGUGCUUCCUCCUAGAGGGCUUUACCACCCAGUUUUACCUUACAGAGCUUCUGGUCGUCUGAUGUUUUCUCUCUGUUCCAAAUGUUGCGAGUCGCUCGUUCAAUCUCCAUGUGAACACAGCGAUGAUGAUCGUGCGCUUGAGGGUAUUUGAGAUUUGGCAUUUUUGAAAACACAUCGGUAUACGACCCUGUGACUAAGGAUGGUGGACUAUUCACAGCUUACGUUAAUGCCUUCCUCAAGUUAAAACAAGAAGCCAGCGAUUGGCCUAAUUGGUGUAAGACCAAAGAACAACGAGAUACAUAUGUACAGUUGUACUUUGAAAAAGAAGGAAUUGUGCUAAAUCCUAAUAAUAUAAAAAAGAACCCUGGUUUACGUGCAUUGGCCAAGCUUAUUCUAAAUUCAUUUUGGGGGAAAUUUAGACAGCGCCCAAACAUGACUAAAACCACGUAUAUCGACGAUCCAGAGGAAUAUUUCGAAAUGAUGACUCGCGAUGACACUGAGGUGCAUAAUGUAAACUUUGUAAAUGACCAGAUGGUAGAAGUACAAUGGCAACAAACUAAAGACUUUGUAGAACCGUCUGGUCGUACAAAUGUAAUCAUAGCGGCAUACAUCUGCACAGGCGCGUCUUAAAUUAUACGAACUCUUAGAACAGCUUGACAGGCGUGUAUUGUACUACGACACCGACAGUGUGAUAUACGUAAGUCGGGAAGGACAAUGGGAACCGCACAUUUGGGAUUUUUUGGGCGAAUUGACGGAUGAAUUGGAAUCCGACAACCACAUCGUCGCAUUUGUGUCUGGGGGACCAAAAAAUUAUUCUUACAAAUUAGCCAAGCCAGAGAGGAAUGGAAAUUUAACUCAUUGUAAAGUUCGGGGAAUUAGACUGAAUUAUCGCAACGACAGUUUAGUCAACUUUGGAAGCAUGUUAAAAAUGGUUCAGGGUGAAGGUCCAAAGAAAAUACAAGUCACAGACCCAUACAAGAUUGUAAGGGAAAAGAAGAACAUGAAUAUCGAAACACGAGAAG